AUGGGUGCCAAGGUUGCAGCGACCGCCCUCUUCUUCCUCCUCCUCACCUUUGCUUAUGGGAAGAAGGAUACGCCAUGCGAAGGGCCGAGCCAGACCUAUCAUGCAGUCUGCGCCAACCCAGCCUGCGACGCGGCCUGCAUCACCGAGGACUACAAAGGUGGAUACUGCAGCCCAGGAAGGCUCAACACAUGCCUCUGUACUAACAAGUGUCACGACCAAACUCUUCCGCCCAACAGGGUCUGA